GUGCGAUUGAAUUUUAUAUUUUACUAGUAAAAUUAAUGUAACUUUGGUGUUUUUUUAAACUUAGUAUUUGGCGAGAAGAUCAUAACUGUUAUAUAAUGAAUGUGACAAAUGUAAAUAUUGUUCAUCAAAACUGUACUAAUCAAAUUAUUCGCAACAUGGGUGAUGUGAUUAGUAAAGAAAAUAUAAAUGAUUCCAAAUACAUGAAAAUGCCGGAAAAUCAUAUGAAUGCUUCGCCUGUUGAAAACAUGAGCAAAAUUCAAGUUAAUCCAAUUAUGGAUAAAAUUGUGACUACGAUUGACCUUAUCGAAUCUGAGGAAUCGAAAAAUGACGCCAAUGUAGCUGUAAAUGAGAAGGUUUCUGAUGCUAAAUGCAAUUCUGAAAUAGCAUUAGCCUCUUCAAACGAAAAUCAUAAUAGUGUUAGCCAAUGCUGUAAUAAGAGUGAUAAAAUAGAUUUUGAACAGUAUAAAGUGCUACAAGCUUUUAUGACUGAACUGCAAAGCAUCAUACAAGGACUUUACGAAGCUAAAUUAAAUGAUCUUAAAACUCUUUUAUGCACAUGUUGUAGCAACUCUACAUGUUCACCCCAUGAAAGGCCAGAAGACUUAUAUUUAGAUGAUGCAAUGGAUUACGCUAAUGAUAGUGAUGAAUGCUCUAAUUGUGAUGCAUGCGAAGCAACUCUAAAAGAAACUAAUUUAAGUAGUCAAUGUGGUUGUGUAGAUCCAUCAGGGUAUCCUCAUCACACCUCAAGGAAAUUACGUAAUCCAAAAUGUAUUGAUGCAAGAGUAGUAUAUCUAGUUGAAAGGUUAUAUGAAAACAAUCCGCAUAAAUUGUUCCAGCAGCUGGAAACACAAGUGCAUAACAUAAUAACAAAUUUAUAUAAUCAUCUAGAAACAUUUAUGAAAAAUCACAAUAAUGAUACCAAGCAUUCCAGACUUUUCAUUGAUCUUAUUUUGGAAUGCUAUCAAAAUCUAUGUUCUGCUGCCAAACGUGUUGCGCCUAUACUAAUGCAGUUACAAAGAGGUCACUUAUCAAAAUUUUCACUGACAUGGGAUCUAUUGAAUAGAAGUAUUUAUUUGGAAUGCAUUCAUAUGAAAAUGCAACCUUAUGUUCUAGAACUUAUAUCUCAGUGUCGACAAGUGCAAACUGGUGCUAAGCUGCAGAGAGAUGAUUUGGUACAACGUUAUAUAAAAUUAGAUGGUGAAAUGACUUUAAUCUCAGCAAUGUGGUAUGAUGUUAGUGCAAUGAUUGAAGAUUACAACAAUGAUCAGUUGGUAUCACAAGAUCAGCAAAAAAAAUUAGAUAAUCGAUAUCAGGUGUUAUUAGAUUUGGAAACAAAGCAUAAGAAGUUAAAAUUUCACAAGAUAAAGAGGUCUAAUUCAGAGCCAGUAGGCAUGCAAUCCCAGAAUAGUAACUCUAAUUUUGUUUUAACUUCUACUUGUAACAAGUGUUCCAAUGUCACAAAUGCAGGCUCUUCGUCUAAAACAUGUACAUACAGAGAAAACUGCCAAUGUUUUUCGCCUGACCUUUGUAUUUCUGAAGAAGUAAUACGCGUUUUAAACAAAGAGACAGAUGGCACUGUUGAUAGUACCAAUAUUAAAGCAUCUUCAACAGCACGUGGUGAUAUCGUGUACUUACCUGGAGAUGGCAAAAAACUAACCUCGAAAUCAAAUGUUGAAAAUAAAUCAUUGCUCAGCAAGGAUGCUUCAAAGGUUCUUUCUAAUCUUAAAUUGGAUAAUAGUGGAAAUCUUCAAACUAUAAAACCAACGAAACAGUUUAUCAUACCAAAUGAAAAUUUGGACGAUAUAAAUAUUACAGAUUGUAAAAAGCAUCACAAGGCAAAAGUUUUGCAAAAAAUUCCAAUUCACAGUCCGACAUGCAAUUCAGGAUUGAAUAGUUUAUCAUCUGGAGAAAAUAGUGCACCUACGAUUGCGCCAAAUGUCAAAUCCAAUCAAAUAUCCUCGUGUCCUAAACAUGGGAAAAGAAAACUUUACACGCCUGAUUGGGAAUCUAAAACAAGUUCCUCAGCAGGAAAUGUUAAACCUGAGACACCUCAUGGAAAUAAGUCACAUACUCAUGGACACAACUGUAAGAAAAGUUGCGGAGGUGAAGGCGAUGGCCAUGUUCAUUGGACGCCGAACACGCAUAACAAAGGAUGCGCAUGCUGUUACUGUUCUGUAUAUGAUGGAGCUCCGCCAAACACUUCAAGUCCUGUAAACAGAAAAUAUAAUGAAGCUCGUGAAAGAUUACGUGGUAAACUAAAUAAAACUAAGGCUUUGAAUACAGCAGCUUCUAAAAUCAGCGCUGAUGUAGCAUCUUCAGACUCAAAAGUUCCAAGUCGUGAGAGUUCAUGUCCUACCAGUACGGAAACUCGUGAUGUGAACAAACUUUUGGAAUGGAUUGAAGGUGCUACAAACAAACAGCAGAAAGAUCCAGCUAAGAAAGCAGAAAAAAAGGCCAGACAAAAACUUAAAAAGCUUGCUGACAAGGAGCGCGAAGAUGAAAUGGUGAUUACGCCAAGAAGUCCAGAACCUAAACAAAUGUAUAUCGCAGCAGAACCACUGAAAGUAAAAUCACAAAGUUGCAGUGACGGUAUGGUUAACAUCAGAUUGCUCACAUCUGAUGUUCCUAGAGUGGCUGUAACAGCUGUUGGUAGUUCUCCUGAUAAGAAUAAACUACUUUAUACCCUCAUAAAUGGCCAAAAAAUCAUUCCAGAAUCUGAAUCCCUGAAGAAAAAGAAGAAAAAGGGUAAACAAGAUGCUUCAGUAUCUGUCACAAAUUCAGAAUUACCUAUCUUAGAUGAAGUUAAGACUAAAAUUAAGCAAAAGAAAAAUGAUAAAAACAAUCAGCCUUCUAUAAAUAAUAUAAGCAAAAAGACUGAUGAUAAAAUAGUUAAAAGUAAUGUUAAGAAAGAUAGUAAGACUUCUAAUAAAUCUAAUAAAGAAAAUAUAAUAGAAACUGAUAGUUCUAAAACUUCUAAUAAUUCAAAACAAAAACUGACAAAUGUAAAUUUGAGCAAGAUACCAAAAUGCCAAGAUAAAUUUUGUCAGACUGAUGAUAAAUUAAGUUGCGCUAAUGAAAUCAUAGUGAAUAUUACUAAUAAUGAAAAGAAGAAUAGCAAGAAAGAUAAAAAACAAAAAGACAAAAAAGUUGUUAAAAAUAUAGAAGCUAAUAAUAUUAAGCAACAAAAACUGGAAGCUACUACUAAGUUAACUUCUAAUGUAAAAGACAAAGUUACAACAAAAAAUAAAAGUGCAAUAAAUGCUAAAUCAGAAAAAGGAAAAUUUGUUGAAAGCUUACCAAAGGCUUCUGAAAAAUCUGAUUACGAUCCAAAUUCAUCACAGGAGUGGAUAGAGAUCAAUAACAAGUCUCGUUCGAAUAAUAAUACUUCAAAGGUUAAUUCUGGAUUGAAUGAGACUGAAAAGAGCAAAAAAAAUAAUAAAUCUAAGAAAAACAAAAAUAAGCAAGAUCAGAGUCAAACUGUCAAUAAAACAUUAAAUAAAGCAUUUGAAAAUCUAAAUAUUUCAAGAGAUACUACAAUAGAGGUUACUAGAGAGAAUAUGAGCAAAUUGAAUAUAAAUAAUAUCAAUGGAGCAAAAAAAACAAUUUCGAAGAAUAGUAAUAUCAAUAAUGUAGCAGCUAAUUCAAAGAUACCAAGUGGAAAGAACAAUGAAUACAGUAUAAUGGAUCAACUGAAUCAGGGAAUUGGUGUUGAAAGGCUGAAACUUCCUCCUGGAAUUACCUUAACUAAAGUUGAUGCCGUCACUGCUUAUGCUAAUCAACAACGCAAAACUUUACAGGCAAGCAAUGCGUCCACUCUAUCUAAUGCUCCUAAAAUGCAAGAAUAUGCAAUGAUUAUAGCAAAUCCUGUACAAGCACCCCCCACAAAAGAUGAUGGCAAGGUACAUGUAGUUCCCUCGGCUGUUACAACUGGUACUAAAUCAAGUCGAAAGAGUCGCAGAAAGAACAAGAACCGUGCAUUGAAUUCUGAAAAUGAAUCUGGAUCAAAUAAAACAAAAGAGCCGAAAAUGAUCACUUUACGAAAUCCUUUGUUCCAAAACAACAUAUUUAAAUUAGGAUUGAAUACAUCAGAUCAGUAUAGUGCUGUGCAACCUGAACUGCCUUAUAAUCCUAUUCCGAUGCCUAAGCAAGCUUCUAUUACGCAAAACAAAGAUGGUAUGUUUACGAUACGUAGCCCCGCUCUGCAGCAUGCCAUGUCAACGGGAGUUACUAAUUUCAGACCACAUCCAUAUUCAGAAAUUCCAUCUCAAGAUGCCGAACACUUUUCUUAUUUUUCUAAUGCAGAAUCUAGCAAUUUAGUAGAUCAUUAUCCAAAUGAAAAUAUUAAUUUAGUGGAAAAUAAUUCUACUCAGGCUACAAACCAGCAAUUUGUUAAUAGAAAUAUUUUGCAAGAUAUUUCUUAUGAAGUCUGCACUCAAAACAAUGAUGUAAGCAACAAAAAUGACUCAGGAUUUAGAAGCUAUACAUCUUUUGGCAAUCAACAUAGUCCAAACUCAAAUUCUGUCGGUACUGAUGGUGAUAAUUUUUCAUAUUUUUCUCAAUCUAGCCAAAAUUCUUUACAAGAAGCAUCGAUGCAUAAUAAUCAAGUUAAUGACAACAAUAGAUUUUGCUCUAGUAGCAGUUCCAGUAAUAUGAAUCAGCAACCAUUUUCUCAUUCUUUUUCACAUAAUUAUCUCAGUGGGCAAAAUGUGCAAAGACUAAACAGUCAAGUGACGAUUCAUAAUAUUUCAGACUCUAUGUAUAAAUCCAGUUCCCAUGACUUAAAAGAGAAUGAUUGUGGUGUUGAAAUCACUAAAAUGCCUAAUAUGCAACAAAGCUAUGGUAAAUAUGGCAAUAUAGGAGAAGAGCUCACUCUUACUCGAUCACAUACUGUUAAUAAUCCAGUAGACUAUCAGUCAUACCCAUUUGCUAGUUUUGUUAAUGGGCAAACAAAUACAAAGACGCGGAAGGACUCUGAUCUUGUAGAUAAUAUAUUUGCACCAAACCAAAUGGUGAAUCUCAGUGAAUUAGAAUCAGAAGAGCGUGACAUUGAAUCUUUCAAAAGGUUUAAUUAUUACUUUGAGCCCCCAAAAAAUAAACCUAAAAUCAAUUUGAAUGUGAAUGACAUUGUUGUAAAGAAAAAGGCUUCAAGUGCAUCAGAGAAUGGUUCCAGUCAGAAUGAAUAUGUUUCGAAUUUGCAGAGGUAUCAAAUGAACAAUUGCUCACAGAAAAAAUUUUAAUUUUUUA